AUGGACCUCGUGGGACCACUCCCAAUCUGCGACGGUCACCGCUACAUGCUCACUAUCGUUGACCGCUUCACCCGUUGGCCAGAAGCAACCCCGGUCCCCGACGCCACCGCGGCCACCGUCGCUUCUGCCCUCCUAACAAUAUGGGUGUCGCGGUACGGCGUUCCUUCCAUCAUCACGACGGACCGGUGCGGCCAAUUUGAGUCCGUCCUCUUCACCAGCCUCACCAACAUACUGGGCGCCAGACGGAUUCAUACUACCACGUACCACCCGACCUCCUAUGGCAUGGUGGAGCGGCUUCACCGUCAGCUAAAAGCCGCCCUCCGGGCGUCGACUCAAGUCCCGUGGACCGAAGUCCUCCCCAUUGUCCUUCUCGGGAUCCGAUCGGCUUUCAAACCCCACUUGGGUUGCUCAACAGCCGAGUUGGUCUAUGGCACCUCAUUGCGACUCCCCGGCGACCUCAUCUCUGCCACAGCAGACACGGCAGCCGUACCACCAGCCGGAUAUGUGUCCCGCCUACGAGACACGAUUAAUGCUCUUCGCCCCAGUCCCACCACGCCCUGCCACCGGUUUCCAGCACCCGGCCCUCGAAACCUGCUCGCAUGUUUUCCUUCGGUGCGACGCCGUGAGGAAACCCUUGCAACAACCCUACUCUGGUCCUCACGCCGUACAGCACAGAGCCUCCACCCACUACACCAUCCAUGGGCGGAUUACUGGCCACUUGUCGGUGCGUAG